UUCUCCUUCCAAUGGUGUACAUUUCGGGUUUGCUUUGGUUGGUCCGCUGCUACAAACCAACAGCAGCCUUGAUGCUUCGCCCACUUUUCACUCUCCCUCGUGUCUGAUUUGUGCAUUUCCAUGCUCGAAUUCUGAUUCUAUGACCUCUUUUUCUACGUGGUAGAUGAAGUGCAAAUAUGAAUUUAUUGGUCAAUCCUAGUCUAAGCUAUGCGCCGACGCCAUUCAAUCAAAACCCCUCUAAAACCACCCGCAAAAUCCGUUCUUGUCAUCUCAUCUCAACGCCCCACAAAACCAGAAGAAGGUAUUCCUUUGAAUUCCACUUUUAAGGUUUUUGUACUAAUUUAUGUUUGAAUUUUGGUGUGAUUUGUAUGACUUGCACAAGGAGGUGGUUCCGUGCGCAGAGGCGUGGUCGUGGCAGAAGGCCAUUGUGAGGGAGAGAAGUGCACUGAGUGGCAGAAAUGAAGAUUUCUCAGACAGUUUGAUUGUCUUACAACACCACCCUGUUUACACCAUGGGCACCGGCAGCUGUGAGAAUUACUUGAAUUUUGAUGUCAACAAUGCUCCUUUUGAUUUGUAUGGCACUGAAAGAGGUGGUGAAGUUACAUAUCAUGGCCCUGGUCAGCUAGUCAUGUAUCCUAUCAUCAAUCUCCGGUAUUACAAGAUGGAUCCCCAUUGGUACCUGAGAUCACUCGAAGAGGUGGUUAUUCGGGCUCUUUCUUCUACAUUUGCGAUUAAAGCUUCAAGAGUUGAGGGUUUAACUGGUGUUUGGGUUGGUGAUGCGAAAUUAGCUGCCAUUGGUAUCGAAGUAUCAAAAUGGAUAGCAUAUCAUGGCUUGGCACUGAAUGUAACCACGGACUUACGACCCUUUGAUCAGAUAAUCCCAUGUGGGAUUAGGGAUCGUCAAGUUGGAAGCAUCAAGGGGCUCCUAAACGAAAAUGGGCACCGAGUCGAAGAUUAUGAUCUCAAUGAUGAUCAAGAUUUGAUGUACACUACUUGUAAGUCGCUUGUUAGGGAAUUCUGUGAUGUUUUUCAAAUCGACUUGUGCCAAAAAACUUUACAAAGACCGGCUACUGACUGGGAAUCUGUUGGCCUAACAUCUUGCAGAUCCAAUCUUCACAAAAGAUUAAGAAAAGAUAGCAUUCUGUGCACUUUCAUUGUAUUGUGUGCUUCAUUAGCAUAAUACAGACGGGUUUGAGCAGCUUCAGUCUUAAUAACCAUAAAGUUUAGUCUAAUCCAUGAAUCUUUAAAACAAGUUUGGAAUGUAUGAAAGGAGGUUAUGUUUCAUUU